UACCCAUCACAUUUAAUGUCCAAACUUCCUCUGCCUCAUCACCACUAUAAUAAAUAAUAAUCCAUUUUUCGCCCUUAAUGUCUGACUCUGAUCUCGAAUGAACCAUGGAUCCUCCUCCUGAACGGGCCGUCUUCAAAAUUUUAAUGUUUUUGGUUAUUUUUGUUCGCCCUCACUACUUUAUCCUUGCCGUCGGUAAUACAACUGUCAUUGACAUCAUCAAAGAUGGAGGUCAUUUGGUCUCCAGCAACAAAAAUUUCGUUCUUGGAUUCUUCAGCUUCCACAAUUCCACCACUCGCCGAUAUGUCGGAAUUUGGUACAACAAAAUUCCCGAACUAACCCCCGUCUGGAUUGCCAACAGAGACCAACCGCUGAACGACACCUCAGGAACCCUCGCCCUCGACGGUCAUGGAAAUGUCGUCGUAUACAGCCCCGCACAAAGAAUAUCUAUUUGGUCCACAAACGCUUCGAUCCCGGCAUCGAACGACGUGUCGGUCGAGCUUUGGGAUACCGGGAAUCUCGCCGUGGUCCAACG